AUGUCUCUUCCUCCAUUCGCACCCGCUCCACCAACCAAGGAGAAGUUGGACUACGUCAAACUCGUGAACCUCGACAUGCCCAAGUUCGACGACCCCACUGGCCGAGAAGAAUUGGCAAAAGAUCUCUAUGAAGCUGCGACUGGUUACGGCUUUCUCACACUGAGCAAUCAUGGCAUUUCCGAUGAAGUUUACGUUCGUCAAAUGCAGAUCGCAAACGCGAUGAUGACCCUCCCGGCAGAGGGAAAGGCACCGUAUGAAGUGACCCCCGAAGAAGAUGCACGAGGACUCUAUGUUGGAUACAAGCCCGCUGGGCCUCUCGGACACAAGGGUAGCUUCCCCAAACAGCUGGAUCAUUACAAUAUUCUGGUUCAUGAUCCUCUUGAUCGCCCUCAUCCCGAGUUUAUGCGACCGCAUCUGGAGGAGACACAAGAGGUGAUGCAGUUCAUCCGCACCAACAUCCUCAAGAAACUCCUGACUUUGGUUGCUAUGAUCUUGGAGGUCCCUGGUGAGGUCAUUCAAUCCACGCAUGCGCCUGGGGGAUCCAAGACCGAGUAUAUCAGAUACAUGAUGUGCGAGCCGCGAUCCAGGGCAGAAAGCGAAAAGUACCGCGAUAUCUUCCUCUCAGGGCACACUGAUCUAGGCACGUGGACGUUUCUCUUCUCGCAACCCAUUGCGGCACUCCAGGUCCUCGAUCAUCACGAUGCAACAUAUCGCUGGUUUGAGCACCAGCCUCAUGGUUUGGUCGUCAACUUCGGCGAUGCCCUCGGACGCUUGACUGGGGGUCUUUUCAAGGCUACCAUUCAUCGUGUUGUCCAACCUCCCGAGGAUCAACGCCACCUUCGUCGCAUCGGAGUCAUUUACUUCUCGCGUCCGGCUGAUGAGCGAGAGCUCGUUCCUAUCGAAGGCUCCCCUCUUCUUCAACGACUCGGCCGCGAUAAGCCAAUUGACGAGCAAGUAUUCUGUAUGGCGGACUUCCUGGACGCUCGAAAACAUGGGUUUAAGCGUUACGAGUAUGAACUUGAUCGUCCGCGAGAUACUCAGAAACAUGCCGACUUCUUUGCUGGUGAGUAUUCCGAUCCGGAAGGCCAUCAGAGCCUCGGCAAAUUUGACAACGUUCCACGAGAGGUUUAUGUGCCCUCUCUGAAGGCGAGCUAA